AUGUCAUCUCUACUCCCCCCUGGCUACAGAAAAUUCUCAGAACGAAUUCUCAUAUGGGACCCUCAGCAGAAGAUACAGUCAGACCAUGAGAGUGACAUUUCAAAGAAAUCGGAAUCGUCGAAUUCCAUCUCGCCAGACGUCGUAUUGAUAUUUACAUGGGCCGAUGCACAACAACGCCACUAUGUCAAAUACAUUGAGGGAUAUCAGAAUCUAUAUCCGAAUGCGAAAAUCAUUCUUACGACGGCGACUACAAUAGGAACGUUCUUUGGUGGGCAGAAAGCGGCCCAAACUGUUGUUCAUGACAUGGUUCAUAAGGAACUUGUACCUUUAUAUCGAUCUGGCCUUCAAAGCACUGACUCUCCAACCUCCCGGCCUCGGGUACUUGCACACGCUUUCUCCAAUAGUGGAGGUUUGAACCUCGAAGCAACCUGGUCUGUCUGGAAAGAAGUUCAUGGCUCAGCUACACCAAUUCCACUAACGGCGUUGAUCCUCGACUCAACCCCUGGCGGCCUCACAUAUAAAACCGAAUUCAGUAGAUGGACAACAGGUGUCUCGCUCGGCAUGGCGGGUUUACCCCAACCCCUUCGAUGGGUUAUCGCAGCGAUUAUAGUUACAUGUCUCAUGGUAGUCCCACAAGUCCUUGGAAUCGAGAUAAUGGCUACGCGAGGCCCGAGGGAACUAAACUUGGCACGAAACAUUCCGCACGAAACUGCACGACUAUAUGUAUAUUCGUCAUCGGAUAAACUCAUCCAUUGGAAAGACGUCGAAAAGCAUGCAGAAGAUGCCAGAAACAAAGGAUAUGCGAAUAUCUUAUUGGAGCGGUUUGAUGGAUCAUCGCAUGUUUCGCAUUUGAGGUUGGACCCGUCGAGGUACUGGAACGCUGUGUGGAAGGUUUGGAAUGCUGCUUGUAGGACAUAA